UAGUACGAAUCGAGUCGCACUUGGAUCGUCAUCGAGAUUUACGCUCCGCCAAAUACAAUAAACGGACAAAUUUUGAGAGUUCUGAGAUUUGAAAGCGCGAAGUGGGUGUUGCCGUACGCAGUGCGGCUAUAAUUUAAGAAGAAUUCGCUUAAUUUCGGACCAAGGAGGGGACUGUUUGACAGAUCUGAAAAUUAUGGAAGAAGCGGGAAGAAGAAACGAGAAGUCAUUUUCGAUGGAAAAAGUGGAUGCCGGGCGAGCUUUAGGUUUUCCGGAUAAUUCAACAAAUUUGGAAGAUUCCAACGAGUCGAGACGAAGCACACGCGGCACGUGCCUCGCCGUACUCGACCUCGUUAAUCAUGCGCUUAUCGUUGGUCUAACGGCGUACACCCUCUAUCGUUCGUGGGGUUCCAACGUGGUCAAUUUGCACACCAUCUUUUGCACGAUUGGGUACGUCCUGCUGAUGUCGGAGGCCAUUGUCGUGUUUGCCGGUGACAGUGUUUUCACCAAGUUUCUUUCAAGGGGUGCCAAACGCCACCUUCACUGGAUCCUGCAAAUUCUCGGCCUGAUCCUCAUCGUUUCCGGCGUGAUGGUCAUGUAUCGAGUGAAACCGGUGCAUUUCAAGUCCAUUCACGGGAUUCUGGGCAUCACUUCCGCCGUUCUGGCCGUCUUCUUGUCCGUGGCCGGUUAUCCCGUUUUUAUAGCGGCCAAACUUCGAAAUGCGAUAAAACCGGUCGCGAUUAAGUUCGCCCACAACUUCUUGGGUAUAUCAUGCUUCGCCAUCGGGAUGGCAGCUCAGUGUUACGGUUACACUUACAUCUUCAAGUCGGACCUUAAAUUCGUUUUUAUAAUCAUCGUGGUUGCGAUCAUCGCUCUCUCUAUAAGAAGAGCAAUUCCGUCUCUCUUCCGACAAUUCCUAGGCUUGUUCAGAUAAAUUAUUUCUCUCUUUCUCUCUUUAGGGGAAGAGCUUCGAUCGGGGAAUAAAAAUGAGACGGGA